GGAGAAGCUACAGGUGUGUUCAAGUGUUUUGGUGGUGAAAAGGGUUUCAAUUUUUUUAGGGUAUUUUCCGAAAAACCGCUGACAUGGACGAGAUGGAGGCAAAUCAGUUUAAAGACUUCGGAAAGGAGAUGAUAGAUUAUGUUGCUGGAUACCUAGAGAAUAUACGAGAAAGACGAGUUCUGCCCACUGUCGAACCAGGUUACCUGAGACCAUUAAUUCCUGAUAGUGCUCCCCUUAAACCAGACAAAUGGGAAGAUGUUUUGAAAGACGUGGAACGAGUAAUAAUGCCUGGUAUUGCAAGUCCAGCGUGUACUGAGUUGGAAGUCGUAAUGAUGGACUGGUUGGGAAAAAUGCUUGGAUUACCCGAGGCAUUUUUGGCUUGCUCAGGGGGCAAAGGAGGCGGUGUCAUCCAGGGAACGGCUAGUGAAGCCACUUUGGUGGCUCUUCUUGGCGCUAAGGCACGUACAAUGGAUAGGGUGAAGAAAGAUCAUCCAGAAAUGAGUGAAGCUGAAAUUGUUGGCAAAUUAGUGGGAUAUACGUCAUGCCAAAGUCAUUCAUCAGUUGAGAGAGCUGGCUUACUAGGUGGAGUCCAAUUGCGUUCCCUUCAAACUGAUGCUUCGAACAGAGUGACUGGAGAAAUCCUAGAGAAGGCCAUAAAAGAAGACAUUGAAGCAGGAUUGAUUCCAUUCUAUGUUGUGGCAACAUUGGGUACAACAUCGUCAUGCACGUUUGAUAAACUUGAUGAAAUGGGCACAGUUUGUAAUGAAAAUAAUAUCUGGCUCCAUGUGGAUGCUGCAUAUGCCGGAUCAUCUUUCAUUUGCCCAGAGUACAGAUAUCUUAUGAAAGGAAUAGAAAAAUCAGAUUCCUUCAACUUCAACCCCCACAAGUGGCUGCUAAUCAACUUCGACUGCUCAGCCAUGUGGCUUAAGGAUCCUUCCUGGCUAGUCAAUGCCUUCAACGUAGAUCCCCUCUACCUGAAACACGACCAACAGGGCUCUGCUCCAGACUACCGUCACUGGCAAAUACCUCUGGGAAGACGUUUCAGAGCUUUGAAGAUUUGGUUCGUGUUAAGGCUGUACGGCAUUGAGAAUCUUCAAGCUUUCAUUCGCAAGCAAAUAGGUCUUGCGCACUACUUCGAAUCUUUGGUCAGAUCCGAUGACAGAUUCGAGAUAACGGAGGAGGUCAUUCUUGGUUUGGUUUGCUUCAGAUUGAAGGGGGCGAACGAACCCAAUGAAGCGUUACUAAGGAGAUUGAAUGGUAGGGGUGUUAUCCAUUUGGUCCCGUCUAAAAUAGGGGAUACGUACUUUUUGAGAUUAGCCAUUUGUGGCAGAGUAACCGAAAACUCAGAUAUCGACAUUUCUUGGAAGGAGGUGAAGAAUACUGCCGACGAAAUAUUAUCAAAGAAGUAGUUCUCUUGAGCCCCCAAAAAAACGAGAUGACCUGAUCAGAAACGGUAUUCUAUUUAUAGAAAAAAAAACGUAUUUAUUGUGAUUGGUCAUUCACCAAAAGUACCUCCUCUUUUCAUAAUAGAAUCAACAAAGCAGUAACACUUAUAUAGUUCAUUGGAAAUAUCAAUUCGUAGAAAUUACUUCCCAUAUUGAUAUGCAUGUAUUGAGAACGUUCCGAAAACAGCUUCAGUUUUCAUGUCUCUCACAGAUCAAAACUGCAACAAUCUUUCUGAUAUACAUCAAUUAACUUGACGUCAGCAGGUGGUACUCUUGAAUGUUUUCAUCAAUUUCCAGUUCAGGUGUAUUUACUUUGAAUCUACUCCUGAGGAUAGCAACUUAGUUGGUGAGAGGCGCGUCGAGAAGAGUGUUAUUGUUCUGCUGUUUUUUGUCUGAUACAUUAUAUAUUUGUGGUUAUAAUUUCAUCUCACUAUAGAAGUUGAUCCAUAUAACAUUUAUUGGUAGUUACUAUAUUCAAAAUCAAUUUAUAUAAGACCUAGAUACGACUAGCGAUAAUUAUUGCUUUAUGUUAUGAAAAAAUCAGUAACAUAAUAAAUGAAUAAUGGAAG